AGUUUCCCAAGUACGAGGCCAAGUGAACAAGAACGAGGUUGCUGAGCUCCCCACCUCCCGACCGCUGAGAAAGAGAGGGGCCGGGAGGGGGGAUAAAAAGCUGGGCUUGACUUCCGGCUCCCUACCGGAACACACUGCCAGCGGCAGCCGUCGCCCGGUAGCCCCACCCCUAAGGCGGGGCUGCGCCGGAAGAGAAACAGCCCGCCGGAAAGGGAGGGGCUACGCUCGGGAAAACCCCGCGCGCCGCUCUCACGUCAGCAGAGGGCGGAAGCACAGACUGCAGGAUGCGGUUCCAGGUUGCGUUGCUCCUGCUGAGUGUCGCGGUGGCGAGAGCUCUGCCGUCCGUUAUUAAGACAGACGCCAGCUCAGGUGGAGAAAAUCCUCCGAUUCAGCAUUCCAUAGGUAGCGACCCCAAACAGUCCUCCAAGUCCCUGCCUCCUGAGUCUUCUAACCAGGCGACCGGUCAGGGGCAGAGGUCGGAUAAAGAAGGCCAGGACAAGACGACUUCGGCAGCAGUUUUCAGUAAGGCGGAACCUGGUUCUCCGAUCGCUGCGACCGAUCUCAGUUUGGGUGAUUCCAGAAGGCAGCCCGAGACAGCGGGUACCGAGUUGAACGAAACUGCAAAGCAGCUCUCACCAGUCAACCCCAAACCGGAAAAGUCUGAUCAGAGUUCCACAGAAGAUUCAGGCAAACCCACGGGAGGUGAUUCUCAUAAGCCCACGGGAGGAGAGUCUGGCCAGCCCACGGGAGGUGAUUCUCAUAAGCCCACGGGAGGAGCGUCUGGCCAGCCCACAGAAGAUGAUUCUGACAAGUCCACAAAAGUUGAUUUGGACAAGCCCAUCUCCAAAGUCUCCCCAGAUACGGAGACUACGAAGACUAACAAAAUCCAGCCAACUGAAAAAGAACAAAAACCAACACUUACUUCCAAAACUGAAUCCGGGGAAACACUGGCAGGGGACGCUGACUUCUCUUUAAAGCCAGAGAAAGGAGAUAAGUUGUCAGAGCCCACUGAAGAUGUGGAAACCAAGGAGAUUGAAGAGGGUGGUACAGAGCCGGAAGAAGGCUCACCACUUGAAGAAGAGAAUGAAAAGGUGUUGGGCCCUUCCUCCAGUGAGAACCAAGAGGGGACACUUACAGAUUCUAUGAAGAAUGAGAAGGAUGACCUGUAUAAGGACAGUUCUGGAAACAGCAGUGCAGAGAGCAGCCACUUCUUUGCAUACCUGGUGACCGCUGCUGUUCUUGUUGCUGUCCUCUAUAUUGCUUACCACAACAAACGAAAGAUUAUUGCUUUUGCUCUGGAAGGGAAAAGAUCCAAAGUCACUCGGAGGCCGAAGGCCAGUGACUACCAGCGUUUGAACCUAAAGCUUUGAUCUUUAAUUUGUCUGCAAGAACCUUGUCCUCCUGCUGAUCUGUUCCCAAUCAAGAGAAAUGAAAAGACUGUGACCUCCUCUGGGGUUUGGUGGCAAGUCUGGGCUGGCAGGGUUGGGAUUGCUUCAGGUUUUGCACCGGCACUUUGAUGACAUUGUCCUCUGGUGAUGUUUUAUUUACUUUUGUGUUCCUUGUAUGCCGACGUGUUCCAUCAUCCUUUCUUCCUUGGGGUGCAAGUGGAAGGAACGUGGAAACAUGGAUGUGACCAAAGGAAGACCCCCACCUUAGGCAGGCCAUACGAUGGACCACCCUCCCACAGCCUCUUUAACUUUGUAACUCUAGGCGCAAACUGUAGAGAGGAGCUUUCUAGACAAGAUGUACAAGAUGGUUACGUGGGAUGCUGAUGGGCAGAGACGGGGUUGAAUACUUACUCUCUACAGAGGCCUCAGCUGAAAACCAAACUAGGAGGUUAGAGAGUGUUAAAGUCUGAUCCAGCUGACAGUCUGUAUAUUUCUCUGAAAGUGUGCACUCUAAUUGUACUAGCAUAAAAGGGACUCGAGGCUUCUGAAAGUAAAAUCACUGUUUCAUGGGAUUUCUUAAAAUGAUCAUUGA